AAGGACCCAAAAUAAUUGAACACCUGUGGGGGUGACCCCUUGAGUGAAAUGAAGACAUCGGAGAUGCUCUACAGAAUGUCUUUGAGAAGUUUGUCAUAUUUGCCAAAAAGUACUACAAGAAUAUGUAACCAGCAAACAUCAUCAUAAGGAAAGUGCACAUAGAACUGACCCUAAAUGUUCCGAAGUCCCACAUGUGCGUCUGAUGUGAUACCACGGUACAAUGGGCAACCGUGGCAACUGGUAUCAACAAAAUCUCUCCCCGGCCGCACCACCCAACACCGGUUAUAGAAUGAAUGGGGGUAGCAAUGCGCCAUCGACAACCCCGAAUAAUUGUCCCAGCAGAGACUCAAACACCAACAAGUUUGGCAGCCCGUACUUCGACAGGCGAGGGGCUUUCACGCAUCACGGCCGACCGGCAAAAGAGAUUUCGGGCUGGGAGGGCCCCCCGCUGGUGACGUCUGCUUUGUCCUCGGUGUGUUGGGCUGCCAAUGGUAUUCAACGAAAUACGCCACAAAGACGGAGCUGGCCAAGUCAGACACGACAAUCAGCCCGAAUACCAUCUGUACAUCAGCACCAACAUCAGCAGACGACAAUCCACAGAGAAAAUACAGUCAACCUCUCCCCUUCCCGCCAAGUGCAAUCUCAAACCACCCACUACCGCAUACAACACCCCAACUCACGCAACCUACGAAGAUCCAAGACGUGUGCGGAGUUUUCAUACGCGGGACAGACGCACCGGAGUGACGGUUCGAUCAGUACCCUGCCAGAGGUACCUCGCAACGGUACUACUACUACAUCCCGGGAAGGGACCGCUUUCUUUACGACAUGUAACGGACUUCACGAACGGACUGCUGCUCUGAAAAGUUUAUCCAGUAAUCCCAAACUCCAAGUGGAAACUAUCAAUGGAACAACAAGGAUUUUCAGAACACAAGACAGGCGACCGCGGUCUCUCCCAAGUAAGUUCUCCGAAUCGCCCCAAAGUGACAUUGCAUCUGCAGAUUUUUCCGAGCCACAGGAAAAGGUGAUUUACGUCUCGAAACACGGCUAUCACCCUCGGAGUAAGUCACCAACUUACCCCGUCUUGAUCGGUACAAAAGACACGUUAAAUUUAGCACUGUGUAAGAAACUGUGGAGGAUCAGACGUGAUUUGGAGGGACGAAAAGCGCGGGAAAAUUCGGUGAUCUUCAGCGAAGUCUCGCAGUCGGUACACGACGACAGCGAAGCCGAGAAAUGGUACGAGAUUAUGUUUGACGAACACGAGCAGGACGAUGAGGAAGACGACCACGACAUGACCGCCAUUGAGAGCCUCCGAUUGGCUAAUGAAGAAGGCGAGUUUGCGCAGUUGGACGAGUCUAUCAGCACGCAGUACCCGCGACCCCGUGUCGAUCUUCACUUCGACAGGAAGUACUUGAAGGAGCACAUCAAUGACUGGGCGAUACUCGGUAUUGAUAUCGAAGAGGAAGAAUUGAAAACAGGUCAGAGGUUACAGACUGCUUCCGUUGCUAGACCGACGUCGGCACAGAACGGUAGAAAACCAAGAGUGCCGACACAAACCACCACCAGGGUAAAAAUAUCACACAGGGAAUCUUCGCUUGGUGUCAAGAAAGUGGCAAAGGACAGACAGGAAAACAGAGUGACCAAGCUCCCAGCCGUUCCGACCGCACGAAGGGCGUUCCACGCGAGAAACAAUCACAAGAAGAAAGGAAAGAAAACAAAGAAGCCACAUCUUGCCGUAGACAGUGACGACGAGCUCUUGCCUGCCCUCAUGAACGGAGACAGAGACUCUCGGACACCGUCUCCAACCCUCGAGUUUCCUCCUCACGAACCAAAUCUGGAACUGGACGACAUUGACCGACGGAAAAGCUUAGUGUCAAAGUAUCUCAAUUCACCAUCACCGAAUACGAACCGUGUUGAAGAGCCGAUUCAAACAGAACCUAAACCGGAGGAUGAUGCAGUUAAGCCACCGGAACCAGACGAGGACAAACCAAAGGAACUCACAGAGAAGGAGAAAUUCGUCUUGAUGCGAAAGAGAAUGGACGAACGCAAAGCCGUCAUGCAGAAACGCAGAGAAGACUUCAUGGACUUCUCUAUGCUCGGUAUCAAGUCACAGAGACGGCGCACUCAGGACGGAGGGGCGCCCGCUGGUGGUAAGAACAGUUUAGGCAGCCUGAUGUCGACACGUUUGGAAUCCAUGGCAACGUUCAAGACGAGGAAGUACCGGGGAGAAGAAGUCGAUGAUGAUGAUGAACAUGAUGACGACGAUGAUGAUGACGAUGAUGAAUCUGACGUUGAGGGCGUAGGUUCAUCAGAUGAUGAAGACACUUAAGUUGACGAGACCAACCUAAACAUAACUGUUUUGGCCCUGGACACGUUUGGUAAUUUAUAAAGGCCAGUAUUCAUACUUGGUGUAUCUCAACAUAUGCAUAAAACAACA